UGUGCCGGGCCCAGCGGAGCUGCUGGAGCGUGAUCCCCACGUGUGUCUGAUCUAUGAAAUGGCAGAGAAUGGCACAGACCAGAGGCGCAUAAGAAUGAGCAAAGAGCAGCACAAUGGGAACUUCACAGAUUCCUCGCUGUUGAGUGAGCGGAAGCGAAGGGAGCGAGAGGAGAGGUUGAAUAUUGUACUGUGGAAAAAACCGCUUGUUACCUUGCAGUAUUUUUGCCUGGAAACUCUAAUAAACUUGAAGGAAUGGACCAUAAAAUUGUGGCGGCGGCGAGGGGUCCUGGUGUGUGCGUUGCUGGCACUGGCAGUGCUCACAGGCCUGUACUACAUCGAGGGAGCACAUCAACAGUAUGUGCAGUACAUGGAGAAGAAAUUCUUCUGGUGUGCCUACUGGGUAGGAUUGGGCAUUCUCUCCUCUGUUGGGCUUGGAACAGGCCUCCACACCUUUCUGCUCUACUUGGGCCCACACAUAGCCUCAGUCACUCUUGCUGCCUAUGAAUGUAACUCUGUGAACUUUCCUGAGCCUCCUUACCCGGAUCAAAUUAUCUGCCCUGAUGAGGAGACAACUGAAGGCUCCAUCUCCUUGUGGGCAAUCAUCUCAAAAGUCAGGCUGGAGGCCUGCAUGUGGGGUGCUGGUACAGCCAUUGGAGAGCUGCCUCCAUAUUUUAUGGCGAGGGCAGCCCGGCUGUCGGGUGCUGAGCCUGAUGAUGAGGAGUACCAGGAAUUCGAGGAGAUGCUGGAACACGCAGAGACUGCACAAGACUUUGCUUCCCGGGCUAAGCUGGCGGUGCAGAACCUGGUGCAGAAGGUUGGGUUCUUUGGGAUCCUGGCCUGUGCCUCGAUCCCAAACCCCCUGUUUGACCUGGCUGGGAUAACUUGUGGCCACUUUCUGGUUCCCUUCUGGACCUUCUUCGGUGCAACCUUGAUUGGAAAAGCCGUGAUUAAAAUGCACAUCCAGAAACUCUUUGUUAUUAUCACCUUCAGCAAACACAUCGUGGAGCAGAUGGUGGCCCUCAUCGGUGCUAUUCCGAGUAUAGGUCCUUCUCUUCAGAAGCCAUUUCAAGAAUAUUUGGAAGCUCAGAGGAUAAAACUUCACCACAAAUCCGACAGUGCUGUGCCACAGGGGGAAAACUGGCUAUCCUGGAUAUUUGAAAAAUUGGUGAUUGUCAUGGUUUGUUAUUUUAUUUUGUCUAUAAUCAACUCCAUGGCCCAGAGCUAUGCCAAGCGACUGCAACAGAAGAUGUACUCAGAAGAAAAAACCAAAUGAAAAACCUUCAGGAUGGGUUUUGGCAGACACAAGAAAUGCCACAUCUUUUCAUAUGUUUAAAAAAUCAGCAUUAUUCAAAAGGGGGGACAAAUUUUUAACACCCAUUUUCAGCUCUUAACAAGUUUUUAUUUUGUUUGAUUUUGAAAGUAAUUUGGAUGUUAGAGCAAUGGUUUCACUGACAAACUUAUAAAUACUACGGUAAGGUGUAAGUAAGGUGUAAAUGCUUCACAAGUCUGGGUUGUGUUUUACAGGAUGGACAAUGGGGUGUUAAAUAGAGUUUAACACUAAUGUAGUCCAUCCAAAUUACUUCCAAAACUGACGAUUUAAUACUCUCCAUCUCCUGAUUUAAUUUCAGACUGACCUGAGGGUGGCGUUUUCUUUUGAAGGGUGGCUGGUUUGCUUUUUCCAUAAGUUUCGAGACCAUGAAAAUGUAAAUAACUCAGUACAGGUCGGGUACAAACUGUUGCAUGUCCCUCAUGGUAAGGCUGUUCUGUCUGAAUUCCCAGUGUCCCAUUGCAUUGCACGCUGGAAAAGCCACCCUCUCCAACUUCAUGAUGUUAGCAGAGAUGGUUGAUGUCAAAAUGCUGAAGCCAACAUUUUUUAUUCUGUAUAUUUAGAAUGAAGUUAAGAUAAAAACUUUAUAAAGUCAUCUUAUGAUCAUUCCACAA